UUGAAGAUCGUCGCAUUUCGCGCCAUUCCGAGUUAUUGCUGAAGAAAUAAAAAGUUAAUAAGGAUUGUUGGAAUACUGAUUAAUUAUUAGGUGUCAUUUCAUACAACAGGAAUAAAAGAUGUCAGAGUCUUCCAAUGAACACUUGGAUCCGGAAGAUACUAUUAAUAUCUUGGUAGCUACCGAUAUUCAUCUCGGUUUCGAUUACAGUAAAAAGAGAGGUGGACAAUCCGACGACAGUUUCAUUACGUUCGAAGAAAUAUUGAAGUAUGGCAAGGAAAAAGAAGUCGAUUUUAUUUUGCUGGGCGGAGAUCUGUUUCAUGAUACUAAACCAACGCAAACUGCGAUGCUCAAGUGUGUGGAAUUGUUGAGGAAAUAUUGCUUAGGUAGCAGAGAAUGCAAGCUGGAAUUUUUGAGUGAUUCAGAAUUAGUAUUUCGACACUGUGCGCAAAAGCAUGUAAAUUAUGAAGAUCAAAAUUUAAAUGUCUCGAUGCCAGUAUUCACUAUCCAUGGAAAUCACGAUGAUCCAAGUUUUGGUACUGUUGGCUCGAUGGAUGUAUUAUCAGCUACUGGACUUGUAAAUUACUUUGGAAAGUGGACAGAUCUUACUCGUGUAAUUAUAUCUCCUAUAGUUCUAAAGAAACGUAAUACACAUGUUGCACUUUAUGGCUUGAGUUAUAUUAAUGACCAGAGAUUAUCUAGAUUAUAUAGGGAUGAGAAGGUGGAAUUGUUACGUCCAAAGGACAUAGAGCCUUUCAACAUAUUUGUUUUACAUCAGAAUCGUGUUAAGCAUAGUAAUUAUGCUUAUAUAUCAGAAAAUAGACUGCAUAAAUUCCUCAAUUUAGUUAUUUGGGGUCAUGAACAUGAAUGCCGUAUUAAUGCUGAAUUAAAUGUAGAAGGUAGCUACUACAUUUCUCAACCAGGAAGCUCUAUUGCCACCUCUUUAUGUGAAGGUGAAUCAAAACCUAAACAUGUGGGUCUUUUAAAAAUAAAUAAAAAUAAUUUCAAAAUGAAACCUUUGAAAUUAAAAAGUGUCCGACCAUAUAUCUUUGAAAACUUGAUUCUUAGUGAUCAUGACAUUAAAAUACAUGAUUGUAUUUCAUUAGCUGACUCUGUAAGUCAAUAUGUAGAUCGAUAUAUUGAAAAUGAGCUUAUGCCUAAAGUUGCUAAGCAACUCACAGGAUACCCUAAUCAACCAAGUCAACCUUUGAUUCGAUUAAGAAUAUUUUAUAAUGAUGACAAUGAACAAUUUGAUACAUUAAGUUUGGCACAAAAAUACUGUGAUGAAGUUGCCAAUCCAAUGGAGAUGAUUAUAUUUCGUAAAAUGAAAAGUGGAGAAAAAUCAAAACGCUUUAAUGAUGAAAUUGAUGAUUUGGAUGAUAUUACAGAAUUAUUUCAAGCAGAUAUAGGACAGGAUUGGAUUAGUACAGUACCAGGAGGGAUCAAGAAAUAUUUUGAUAUGGAAGAAAACAAAGAUAAAUUAACAGUAUUGACUGUAACAGCAUUAAAUGAAGCAUUAAAUCGAUAUGUUGAUCGAGGUGACAUAGAAGCUUUUAGAAAUAUAGUGAGUGAUCAAAUGAAAAGAACCAUUGAAUAUGUAAAAGCACAAAAUAGUGAGAAACCGGAAGACAUCCGUAAUGAAAUUAUAAAUUUCCGCAAUAAAAGAGUUUCAGAAGAACAAGAGGAGCAGAGUAAUGUCCUAAGGGCAUUAAAUAAUCCAGUACAGACGAAUGCUAAAAAUGUUAAACAAUCUCACAAUGUUGUAAGUGACAGUGAUGACGAUGAUUUAAAUUCAAGAUCAUCGACGACUAAAACUAGAGGAAGAGGCAGAGGUUCUAGAGGUGGCAGAGGAUCCAGAGGAAGUCGUGGUGGAGCAAAAGCUAAUGAAGGAAAUAGUUCCAUUACAAGAAUGCUGAGUUCCAGGAGUGCACAACCAAAACGAACAACUUGCGAUCCUAUUAUUAUAGAUGAUUCCGAUUAAUUAUUAAUUAUUAAUUAUAUUAACUAUCC